CCAUUGUCUGAAAGAGAUGUUGAUAUUAAAAUUUUAAAACCAUUUUUCAAUAAUAUUGAAAAUUUAAAUAAAACUGGAUUACAUUAUCAUUACAGGGAAUGUGGAUCAUUUGCUUUGCAUUUGAGACAAGAUAUUGUCAUUGAAGGUUCUUAUGGGAAGAAAUCAGAUUAUCAAUUCAUAUAUGAUUCAUGGAGUUUAACAGUGUAUAAAUUUCACUGA